CAUCUCACGCCUUGUUCUUGAUCACUCAGACAAUCCUUUCACUCGGCCUUCUCUGCAAACGAGACACCCGCAUGGUUCAUUGCUAUCCCUGACUCACAGUUUUCACGAUGGGAAAACAGGCCAAGGCCACGAAGAAGUUCGAAAAGAAUCGCCUCAAGAGUACCCUCGACCGGAGAAAGGAAUACGCAAAGAUCAAGCAGCGACAUCAACAAAAUGCAAAGAGAAAAGAACGAUCGGCGAAGCGGUCAGGAUCCACACAGGAUGCCUCAGAAUCAGACGAAGAGGUUACCAACGACAACAAGGUCGACAUGAACGAUGACGAUUUCUUUCGAGAUUCGCUCGAGAUUCCUCGACCAGAGACAUCUUCUUCCGCCAAGGCUCAUUCCUCGAAACGAAAGAGAGAUUCUGAAGAAGUUCUAAAAGGCGCUGACUCCGACUCAGAGAUUUCUGAGGGAGGACAAGACCCAGAUGAUCACAAAGGACAAUUAGCCUCGCUGGCGGAAAAAGACCCUGAGUUCUACAAGUACCUUCAAGACAAUGAUGCUGAGCUCCUUGACUUUGACGAGGAUGACGAUCUAGCCGCGGUCGAUGAUCUCAGCGAUUCAGAGCCACGAUCUAAGAAGCAGAAAGUUGAGGACUCGGACACGCCCAUCGAUGUUACAUUAGUCAUGGUUCAGAAGUGGAAGUCUUCAUUGGAAGAGUCUUUCUCAAUCAGAGCUUUGCGUCAGCUGACUCUUGCAUUCAGAGCCGCCGCACAUGCAGAUGAUGAGUCCGAAAACGUCUUUCGAUACGCGAUUCCCACUCCAGAGGCUUACCACGAAGUUCUCGUCACAUCUCUCAAGCAAGUCCCCAUUGUCCUUGCUCACCAUCUUCCCGUCAAAGAAUUGGCUGGAGGCAAACUCCGAAUUCCCGCCGACUCCCCCAAAUUCAAAACCCUCUCCCCUCUCAUUAAAUCACAUGCAUCGUCCCUCUACUACCUUCUCGGCCACCUGUCAGACACAAACACCUUGAGACUUUCUCUUCAGGCGCUUGAACCUCUGUUGCCCUAUCUGCUUCAAUUCCGCAAGUUUCUCAAGGCUGUCAUUAAAUCAGUAUCUGCCAUCUGGUCAGACAAUUCUUCCGAUGAAGCAACCAGGAUUACGGCUUUCCUGAUAAUCCGCAGGGUCAUGGUGAUUGGUGAUGCGGGACUGCGUGAAACCGUUCUGAAAUCUACCUAUGAAGGUGUGAUCAAAGGCAGCCGAAACACGACCAUCCAUACACUUGCGGGUGUAAAUCUAAUGAAGAACUCAGCUGCCGAGAUUUGGGGCAUCGAUCAGAAAGUCAGUUACACAACUGGCUUUACAUUCAUCCGGCAACUUGCUAUUCACUUGCGAGGCAAUAUUACCAAGCCCACCAAGGACUCUUACAAGACCGUCUACAACUGGCAGUUCGUCCACUCCCUUGACUUCUGGUCUCGCGUCCUGUCAACACACUGCAAUUCAUUGAUUGAAGCCCAAAAUGGCAAGCCAUCACAACUCCGACCACUCAUCUACCCAGUCGUUCAGGUCACAUUAGGUGUUAUGAGGUUGAUUCCCACCUCCACCUAUUUCCCCUUACGCUUUCUGUUGAUGAGAUCCCUUCUACGAAUAUCUCAGGCCACGGAGACGUACAUCCCUCUUUCAGCCGCCCUUUUGGAAGUACUAAACUCGGCCGAAAUGAAGAAGCCGGCCAAGGCUUCUACACAAAAAGCCCUGGAUUUUGCAACAAACAUUCGAGCGCCUGCUGCCUAUCUCAAGACCAAGGUCUAUCAAGAUGGGGUCGGUGAGCAGGUAGUGGAAAUGUUUUCGGAGUUUCUUGUUUUAUGGACCAAAAGCAUUGCAUUUCCUGAGUUACAACUCCCUCUCAUUGUCAUGCUUAAGCGAUGGAUCAAGGCGGCGUCCAAAUCAGGAGGCAACAAGAAUGCUAAGCUGAAUCAAUCGCUUCAUCUACUCGUUCAAAAGGCUGAAGCCAACGCCAAAUGGAUCGAAGGCCGUCGAAAUAAAGUCAAUUUCUCCCCAAAGGACCGUGUUGCAGUGGAAGGGUUUCUCAAAGAUGUUCAAUGGGAGGAGACGCCUUUGGGGGCUUUCGUCGUCACACAAAGAAAGCUUAGAGAUGAGCGAAAGAGGGUGGUAGACCAGGGUCGCAAGGAGCAGGCGCAACGGAGAGGAAAGGAGGUCGAAGAAGACAGUGAUAUUGCUUUCGAUUGAGCUUCGCUGAUGCCCUGCAUACGACAGUUGUGAUGGUUAAAAUUCAGUAAUACU